AUGUUCAUAGGAGGUCUUAAUUGGGAAACAACAGAUGUUACGGAUUGUAUAGUCAUGAGAGAUCCAAAUACUUCAAGAUCUCGUGGGUUUGGUUUUUUAACUUUUGUAGAUUCAUCCGUCGUUAAUACCGUUUUGGUAAAGGAGCAUCACUUGGAUGGUAAAAUUAUUGAUCCUAAACGAGCCAUUCCUCGUGAAGAACAAGAAAAGACUGAAAAAAUCUUUGUCGGUGGCAUCGCUCCUGAAGUUACGGAAGAAGAAUUUAAAGAAUACUUCUCUCAAUUUGGGCAUGUAAUAGAUGCCACAUUAAUGGUUGAUCGAGAUUCCGGAAGACCUCGUGGUUUUGGUUUCAUUACUUUCGAUUCAUCCGAGCCGGUUGAAAAAGCUAUGAAUCGAAAUGAUUUGGAAUUUAAUAAUAAACAAAUUGAAGUGAAACGUGCGAUGCCUAAACAUAAAUCCUCAAGAGCACAAUCAAUUUACGGACAAGGAUACGGAUCAUCCUCUUCAGCAAAUGCAGCACCUGGAAUGUUAUCAUCACCGGCGGGUUCAGCUAAUAGCAGUUCAUAUUCUAGUUACGGCGGAUACGGUAGUCAAUAUUCCGGUUACAACUAUCCAAAUAGUUACACCAGUGGGUACGCUCAAUACAAUGCGAUGACGCAUGCUUAUUAUUCUUCAAGAUACGGAGGAUACAACGCACAAUACGGAAGUAGCUACGGAUCUAGUCGCGGAGGAUCAUACGGUCAAUGGUAUGGUGGAAGAGACGGUGGUUAUGGAUCUGGUGGUCCAUCAUCUACUGGAGGCGCAUCCGCAUUAGGUGGUCCAAGUUCCAGUAGUCGCAUAGGUGGCGGAUAUCGUCAUUCUCCUAGUCGCGAUGAGGGCGGUUACGGUAUGGAACUGGAAGCGCUUUAUAUAGUAGUCACCAGGUUCGAGGACAACAUAACUACCAUCCAUAUGCCCGACAUCUGA